GCCCACCACCAGGAGAUCUUGUCCCAACAGCAGGAUCUGAUCAUCGCCACACAAUCAGCACAAGCGUUACUCGACAAACAGGCUCAGGUCCUGUCACCCGCUGAAAAAGACAAGUUACAGAGGGACAUUAAAGAGCUGGAGGGUCGCUACAAGGCCUCCCUCACGCAGGCCGAGCAGCAGAUGAAGCAGGUCCAGACUGUUCAGGAGGAGCUUCAGAAGUUCAAGGGGGACUGUGAGGAGUUUGAGACGUGGCUACAGCAGGCCACAGGGGAGAUGGAGGAGCUCGGUGCGCCCGCUGCUGCUCUGGACACUCUGAGUAACAAUCUACAGAGACAGAAGAGUUUCUCUGAGGACGUCAUCUCUCAUAAAGGAGACCUGCGUUUCAUUACCAUCUCCGGUCAGAAGGUGCUGGACGCAGCAAAGGCCUGCGAUUGUAGUGAAUCUGGGGGAGCUGGCGGCCUGCCAGUGGUUGAUAUGUCCGGGACUUGUGCUGCAGUGAAAGAAAGGCUGGAUUCUGCCGCCAGUCGCUACAAAGCCUUGCACACGCAGUGUAAUCAGCUUGGAAAUAACCUGAAAGACGUG